CUCUUACAGUCAUCAUGAUGGAGAUCACUAAUGACAUUCAGUUUCUGCUUCCAAUCAUGGUUGCUAUUAUGGUCGCUAAGUGGGUUGGAGAUGCGUUUACCCAUCCCAUCUACCACGCCCUUCUUGAAGUCAAAUGUAUUCCGUUUCUUGAUUCAGAACCUGUAAUAUUUCAUGAUGGCAAAAGCAUUAAUCUUGAGUUGUAUUCAGCAGAAGACGCAAUGGCGUCCCCACCUACAGUACUCCAAAGUCGUCCAACGGUCAGUCAGCUUGCCCACGUCCUCCUGGACACAUCAUUUGGUGGCUUCCCAGUUGUUGCGACGGGACCACUUGGUAAUCGUAAUGAAUUUAUGGGCCUUAUAAACAG